ACGAUGGGGGCUCGAGCGACAGAAACAACUCGGGAACUGGAAAGCGCCUCUGUACAGUACCAAAUAGGAGGACAUGCAGAGAAAAUGUGGCAACGACUCAAAGGAAUAUUAAGAUGCUUGGUAAAGCAGCUGGAGAAAGGUGACAUUAAUGUGGUGGACUUAAAAAAGAAUAUUGAAUAUGCAGCAUCUGUGCUGGAGGCAGUUUAUAUUGAUGAAACCAGGAAACUUUUGGACACUGAAGAUGAACUCUCUGACAUCCAGUCGGAUUCAGUCCCGCUGGAAGUGCGGGACUGGUUAGCUUCUACAUUCACGAGAGAAAUGGGAAUAGUGAAGAGGAGACCUGAGGAAAAACCCAAAUUCCGAAGCAUUGUGCAUGCUGUACAGGCUGGGAUUUUUGUAGAAAGGAUGUACCGAAAAACUUCAAGCAUGGUUGGUUUGGCUUAUCCAGCAGAAGUCAUAGUCACGUUUAAGGAUGUUGAUAAGUGGUCUUUUGACGUAUUUGCCCUUAAUGAAGCAAGUGGAGAGCACAGCCUGAAAUUUAUGAUGUAUGAGCUGUUAACCCGAUACGACCUUUUGAGCCGUUUCAAGAUCCCUGUUCCAAAUCUUAUUUCUUUUGCGGAAGCUCUUGAAGUUGGUUACAGCAAAUACAAAAAUCCCUAUCACAAUUUGAUCCAUGCAGCUGAUGUUACUCAAACUGUGCAUUACAUAAUGAUUCACACUGGCAUCAUGCACUGGCUCACAGAACUGGAAAUUUUAGCAAUGAUCUUUGCAGCUGCCGUCCAUGACUAUGAACAUACUGGGACCACAAACAAUUUUCAUAUUCAGACAAGGUCAGAUGUUGCUAUAUUGUACAACGAUCGUUCUGUUCUUGAAAAUCAUCAUGUAAGUGCUGCUUAUAGACUCAUGCAGGAAGAAGAGAUGAACAUCCUGGCUAAUCUAAACAAAGAUGACUGGAGGGAGUUGCGUAGCUUGGUCAUUGAGAUGGUCUUGUCUACAGACAUGUCAGGUCAUUUCCAACAAAUUAAAACAAUGCGACACACUCUGCAGCAGGCACAGGGGGUAGACAAAGCCAAAGCCAUGUCUUUGAUUCUACAUGCAGCAGACAUAAGCCAUCCAGCAAAAUCCUGGGAGCUGCACUACCGGUGGACCAUGGCCCUGAUGGAAGAAUUUUUUCGACAGGGAGACAAGGAGGCUGCUUUAGGUCUUCAAUUUUCCCCACUUUGUGACCGCAAGUCCACUUUGGUAGCUCAGUCUCAAAUAGGUUUCAUUGAUUUCAUAGUAGAACCAACAUUUUCUCUUCUUACUGAUUCAAUGGAGAAAAUUGUUAUGCCUCUUAUAGAGGAAGCGACAAAAUCUGAAAGUCCUGCAUUUGGGACCCCCAGCCAAAAUAGUUUGGGAGCAGUAAGCAACGCUGAAGCACAAAGACGACCUGGGUUUAAAAGUACAGGUGAUGGAGGGACUCACAUAGAAAAUUCUCUAGCAACUGUAGACCUAAGGGGCUUCAAGGACAACUUGAUGAAGAUCAUUCAAGCAAACAAAGAAAGAUGGAAAGAAUUGGCAGCAGAAGAAGAACUUGUGAAAAAUGUUGGUGAACAGGAAAAAGACCAAAGCAGAAAUUCCACAGAUGCACAGUUACAGGAAGAGGCAACAAGGACACAAAAUGAGAGUAGUCAGGGGAGUGAUGGUACAGCCUGUCCUCCCAGAUCCAUCGUCCUACAAGUAGUCUCUUUCGACACUCCUCUGAGUGAUGAAUCCAGCUCAGAAAAGUGCACUAAGUCUGAUCCGAACCAGAAAGAUCUCAGCGAUGCCCAGCAAGAGACCCAGAAUACAGACCCACUGAAUGGUGAGCCUAAACACUGUAAGAAGUCAGAAGAUAUCGUAAAAGCCACGGAGCAGACAGAAGCACUGGUACAGAACUAGAUUUGCUAUUUCUUAUAAGCUUCUGACAUUUCAGGCAGGACAGGAGAAAAGAACUCUAGCUGUUCCUACCUCAUGAUCUCAGAGGCUGUUAUCUGUCAACUUGUUCUUGGAUCAUCCUAUUUUUGUGGAGAGUGAUUGAACAAAAUGUUUAAAAAUGUAAAAUGUAAAACCUGAGCUGGUAACUCAAGGCACUUAAAAAUUCGCAAGAUUUCAGUUGUUUUUGUGUUGCUAUUUCCUCUUCUAUUCUGCUUUCUUAAACUAGCCAAAAUAAUCUUUUCAGCCAAAGUUGGACCUUGCUUUGUUGCAUCACUGGUACCAGACAUUUCCAGUUAAUCAUGAGACAUGUGAAAACAUGAUGUUUGUCAUCUGCCUGGGAUUGCUGUUACAUGUCACUGCUGCUGGCAUCCAAUGAAAAUGGAAAAUCAAAAUGAAAUGUGUUUCUAGAUACUUGUUCAUGCAAUCAUGCUGCAUGCACCAUAAAAAUCCUACUUGUUAUCUUCCUUAAAAUAUCUGGAAAUAAAUGUUUGUGGACUGUACAGGGAAGUUGCAAAGUUACGCUGACCAGCCUGUGUGAAUGAAGAUUCUUCCCCACUGCAGUGGCUGCCAUAUGGACAGAACUGGUGUUGAACAAAUUUGAAAAUAAUUGAAAUAUUUCUUUAAAAUUAAUUGAAUAGCAUCUGGUGUUAAAGAUUAAAAUAUUCUGAAUCGUGUAAUAUUUUGAAAGACAACAGCGCUGGUGUCAGCCCUACCAUGAAGCUGGUACUUACUGUUUUGUAUGGUGGAAGAAACAGCAACAGAAAUACAUGAAAAUUGCUUCACUUCAGCAAAAUGUUGUGCUGCCUCUCAGACAGGACUGGAAGGUGACACAGAGGCCUUAUGUCAUGGUUUAUCUCAAAUGCAAAGGUGACAAUAUGCAUCCAGCAACAUCUUUGCUAGAGUUUGUUUCUUUCUGAGGGGCAGCAAAACCAGCAGCACACAGGCAGUUCUCUGCAAGAAGCCUCAGAAUGAGCCCUCCAGCCCAAACUGUGCCCAUAAAGAAACUCCAUUUUCAUCUCUUCUUCCCUUGAGCUGCACAUGACCCCUCUUGAUUUGUCUGGGUGUCUUACAGAGCUGCAGCCAACCUCAUUUCCCUCUGCUGGAACCUGCCAGGAAACUUCUAGGCUCCCGUUCAGGUUGUAGGCACUCAGGUGGCUCCAGACGCUGCACUCCCUGUUCUCCUUUUCGGACCCUGUGGUUAUUACCUCACCGAACAAAAAGUCUUUCUAAUCAGCCAUGGUCCACUGUGAAGGGGACUUGUGGGGGCAGUGGCACUCUGCUCUGUGCCAAGGGCGAUUGACACCUGUGUGCUGUUCAUCUGCUGCUUCACGGAUCCAGCCAGAGCUCAGCAGGCAUCAGGCUGCACCUCAACAAGGGCACGCUUUGUCCAGCUGAAGAAGGAAUCACGAAACAAUCCCCUUUGCUGGCCCUUACAUGUCCAUACCUGUUGACUGUCUCUUUUCUGACAGCAGAGCAGUCAAAGUUGAGCUGGGAACAGUGUAAGCUCUGAGCCCCGGGACAAGGGCAUGCCGAAAGGUGGAAUUCCUGUCAUUGAAUAUGUAAGCCAUACAUGUGCUAUGCAUAAGUAGUAUGCAUAGUUUUAACUUAAGAAAUGUUUGUGCAUAUAGGAUGUAAAAAAUACAUUUAAAUUGUUUUGUGUAUCUGGUCCAAGGCUUGUAUUUAGCAUGGACAAAUUUCUGUACAGUGCCAUUAACGGAUGAAAUGUUAACAGAUGAAAUUGUAUCAUAGAUGUUAUAACGCAAUCAAUAUUUUUUGCUAAGAGUUAAGAAUUUAUAUAUAUUCUCUGCUGGUGUUUAAGCAAAUUAUUAGUAGCCUGGACCGCUCUGUGCACCUUUGCAUCCUUUUUUGGGAAUGUUGGACUCUUUCUUUUCCUUUGUAAUAAAAUGUAAACCAUCUUAUGGCUUCUUAUUGUCCUUAUGACAAGAGAAGAAAUUUAAUGGUCAUAUCAGACUUUUUUAAAUUGUAAGUUGCCAUAUGCUGUGGCAGUGAAAAAUCUUUUUGAUUAAGAUGUGAGAAGUCAGAAACUUAUUUUAGAUAAGUAGAUCAUUUGUAGUUCCCACCAAAUUUGAAAAGAACAAAAGACAACUACUAUCUUUAAAAACUGGGCCAGUUAGAUACUUGCUACUGACUGUUUUUCAACAUGAUAAUUUAUGAUUCAUUGAGACUGAAAGUCUGAAGCAAUCAGAAUUUAAUCUUUAUAUUGUAUUUUCGCUUUCAGACUUUCACCAUAGUUGAACUUAAAGG